AUGUACUCUAUGAUUCUCAGGAGCAGAGGUGAUCGUGCCGGUGCCAAAGAAGCUUUGAAUGAUCUAUUCUCCAGGGCCGAGAAGGGCCUAGCUGCCGCAUCAUUGGUCGAUGCCCACCUCCAAAUGGCAGAGUGGCUGCUCGAAGAAGAGGAGUUGCAGGAAUCGGAGAAGCACAUCCUGGCCGCAAUGCGCGUUCGAGAGGAAGCCAAAGCUUACUUCAAUCACGGUCUCAUUUUCUUGGCGCGUGGCGAUUCGCUCAAUGCCUUGCAAAGCUUUCGGCGAGGGCGUCAGCUGAGCGAGCCCGGCAGUGCGGUGGAAGCUGAGUGCGCCAGAAUGCUUCAGAAAUCUUUGGGAGCCUUGGGUCUCACAGGACCUAGUGCUACCCGCACUGAGCGUGCACAUCCUUUAUAUUACAAUCAGUCCAAUGUCCUGAGUACGCUCCUUGUGGGAUGA